UUUUAAAACGCCCGACGACGACUGCAGUAGCUCGCUCUGGUUGCUCGCGUGACGCCUCGUGUGGCACAAUCAGAGAAAGCUUUGUGCUUAAAGCUCGCGCUCUUCCUCAGGUCAGUAGACGUUUACGUGUGUCGACGCGCAAAAACCGUGAAAGCGCCGAGAUGGAGAUCGACGACCCCGAUGUGGAUGAUGUCUCUCUGACAGGGUCCAGCUGCCUCGAAGUGGGCGAUGAUUUUUCAACUCAUCGAAUGGAAACUGUAGGGAGCCCUCGCUUCCAGAUUCCCGCUCAUCUCCGCUCACUGCAGGAGUAUGAAGAGCACAUAAUUUCGCUACGACGGGACAAUUUGCACCUCCGAUUAAGACUGUACUUUCUGGCUAGACAAGGCCACUCUAAACCCAUCGAAGACGACCCUGAUGUUAAUCUACAGUACACCGAUAUGCGCAAGAUGAUUGAUGCGGAAAUACAGAAAAUAUUGGAUACACUUAAAGAAAGAGAUACUCAUUUUGGCACAUGCAGGGCGAAAAUCGAGGAACUGGAGCGGCUCCUGGAGAAUGCUUAUCAGGAGAAAUCCGAAAUUAAAAGAGAGCUUUCUGAAUGGAAACAGGAGAAAGGCAUUCAGGAAAUUCAGAAAAAAGCUCUGGGCGAGAAGCAGAUUAUUCAAAGUACAACCAAGAUGCAGGAGGAGCUGGUCUCUGCCCACACUGAGAAGUGGGAGAAUGCUUCAAACAACAAAAAUGUGUCAUGGUCCUUUAUGAGACCCAGGGUUCAAGCAUUUCUUGAGCAGAUGGAAAGUGCACUCGCAACAGGGGACAUUAAGCAAGCCUGCAAAGUGGAGGCAGACUUUAAGCAGCAGCUAAGCACGUUGCUAAGUGCACAAGGAAUCGAGGGACAAAGUUCUACCAGCGUUCAGGACAGUUCAUCGAGCCUGUUUGAAGCUGACCCUUGCAAUGAAGACACCGCAGAGGUCCUCAAGAUUCCUCUCUCAUCGGGCCUCGCUUCUCCAGGAUUUGUUUUGCCAAGUUCUGUUACCGUAGGCCGAGGGGAAAUAAGCAGCUCAGAAUCCUACUGUGGAAACGAAAGGCUGAUUGACAGUCUCAGUGAUGAAGUAAUGCGAUUAAAGGCACUUCUUCAAGCAAGUCAGGCUCGACAACAGCAGCUUGAAGGGGAAAUUAAGUCUUCAUCCCAGUUUCACAUUGCUGUGUGCAAGCAGAAAGACAAGCUUCUGGAAUCUGCUAAGACAGAGAUUCAAGAAUUAACGAGACAAGCUGAGGAGGCACUUGAGAUAAGAAGUCGCCAAGUUGGACUGAAAUCGGAAUGUAAUUGCCUGCAUUCUGCCACUCGUCAGAAGACAACUUUCGUUGAGGAGCUUCUUUCGGACAGGAGCAACACCAUUGAGGAAACUGAAAAGACCAUUGAAGAUUUGCUCUCAUCCUUAAGGCAAAAGGAUGACUCUCUAAAACAAAAUGAUGAGUUGAUAAAAAACUUGCAGGCCAAGUUAAAGCUAUUGGAGAAUGCAACCGCAACUCAUGGAACAUGUGUUGUUCUUCAUCAAAAUCUACCAGACUCUAAAUGCAUGGCUCGUGAAAGCCUUAUUGCUUCUGAUUCUGUGGAAAUGACACCUCAGCGUUGUGGGAGAACUUCAUUUUUUGGAUCGCCAGCAUCACUUGAUAGUUCAGAUACAGGCACUGUAUUGUAUCUUUCACAGUGUACAUCAGAAGUGAAAAAAUUGUGUGACGCUAUUUGUAAGUUGGCUCAGGAAGUUUUGCCUGAACUAGCCACUUUUGACUUUCCCAGGACUGGUACUGUUCCCGAGCUCAUUGAAAUUUUGAGCACUGCACAAGAUAAGGGUUUGCGGUUCUGCAUGCCCAGUCAGAGUAACCAUGAAGGACAUAUGCAAGAUAGACCGGAUGUUUCACAAAUUGCUUUGCCCGCGAGACUUAGUGAAAAGCUUAGAGAGCUGGCGCUAAUGCUUGGAGUUAAGUGCUCAGAUGUACCCUUCUGUCUGAGGGAUAUUUUAGGUGUUCUUGAUGCUCUCAUUGAGAAAACAAUGAAAGAGUCAAUUUAUAACGCAAAGGAUUCAACAGUUUUUCAUGUUGAUCCAAGUUCACCAGAUCAGGAACGGGCAUCCCACAGUACUACCACUAACAUGCCACCCCGUCAAUUUUCAAAUGAGUCUGAUCACACAGAAGCUGCUGAUUAUCAGAAGGAGCUCCUUGGUGAAAUUGACUCAGCAUUGGAAUGUGUUGAACAGCUGCACAGUGACGUUGACGCUUUGUCUCUCACACCUACUUCAAGCAUGCUUAAGAAGGCAGACGACAGCACAGAUGAGUUGGUGUUUGCUGUUGACUCGACAGGACAGUUGGUUCAAGUGGUUCUUGAGUCUGGCGAGCAAAAUGAACACAUUGCUAAGGAAAUGUCUGUGCAGACUGAAGCAGAUGACGAUGUGGAGUCUUUGAGGGGUGAGCUAAGGAACGCUAAAGCACAGGUGAAAUUUUUACAAAGGUCACUGAAGGACUCUUUUUCGGUGAAGAUAACAGAGUCUCCCACUGGUCCAAAUGCACAGCCAUUGAUUGAAAUAGACCAAAAUUUGCCCCACCAUGGCUCACUAACCAGUCCCCGCAAGUCUGCUUUGUCAGCCAAUCGGCGUUGGCGAAAACAGCUCACAAAUCAGAAAAUGUCAGAGUUUGGUUUGUCAGAAAAUGUGUUUGAACUCCAGGAAGAGAUCUUUUUUCUGGUGCUGAGGAUUGAAGACUUGGAGAGACAGCUGAAAGAAAGUUCAGAGGUAAUGGUCUCCAAAUACAAGGAUAAACAGUCAUCUGAGCAGCCGAUUUUGACAGACGCUUGUCUGCUGGAGAAGAAUGCUGCCCUGGAGCAGCAGUUGCAGCACAUGCAGGAAAUGUCAGUGGUGCUUCUGUGCCGGUUGGAAGAGCUUGCACAGUUUCUAGGACAGCUGCUGGCCUACGACGAGACAAGAUCAUUGGGGUCCAUGACUCUUUCUCCCUCCAUGGUAGCCAAGAUCCGCCAGUUCGUCGCAGACAGCAGGGAGAUCUCCAGUUCCUUCCAUUCCAUGUCGCAAGGUUUUCUUGGUUCUGACACGAGCAGUAUUCUAAAUGAUCACUUGUCAAAGAGAGGUUCGCUGGGCAAGAAUAUGCCGUCCUUCCUGUCUUUGUCAGAGAAAAAUGAAAGUACUACUACUCCGGUAAACAAACCACCAAGAGGAAAGCUGGACAUCAAGAUGAUUCCACCUUCCCCUGGAGAUUAUGCCUUCAUGGAAGACGAGCUGAAAAUAUUGCGAGACCGAGUGGCGCAGCAGCAGAAGGAGAUUUCUGCCCUUACGCGGCGUCUUGAAGAGGAGUGUCCUGAAAGGGCGUCUUCAGCAGUUGGAGGUAGGUGCCCUUCACGUCGCCAUCCUGGCACCCCAGCAUCUCUCUGUGAAGGGGAAGACACGGAUGCAUCCUGGCGUUAUCAGGACCAGGUAGUCCUGGUGCAAGCUAGUGACAGCGAUGAUAUUCUGCUCCUGCUGAAUGAAAGGGGCCUUCCUGAGAAUGUCUACCUGCGAAGCACUUGGCAGAAGCAAGCACUAAAUGCCCCCGAAAGCCCCAGCAUACCAGCAGUGGCUUCAGUUGUAGCUGCGGAAGAGGCUGAUGCAGAUGCUGACUACUCCUCUUCAUCUCCUUCCCUACUGCGAUGGAAAGAUUCUCGCAAUUCAGCUUUGGAAAACAAUGUACCACAGGAGCCAUUAGUGCCCAUUGGCCGUUUCCAGUGCUGGUCUUCAGAUUCAGACAUAUGGUCAGAGCCAGACCGUAGCGUGUCUGAGCAGCGAAUGGGUGGUGUCUGUCGCAAAGGGUGGAGCAAGCAGCCACGCAGGUCACCUAAGGAAGCAAGAAAAGCUUUGGUUGGUGGACGGCAGGAGCCAGGCUCAGACAAUGGGCUCAAGAAAGCCAAGGACACUUUGCCUGACUUGUCCAGAGGGAAGCGGCUGAGCUGUCCAGCAGCAGAUGGAGGGCGUAGCAAGCGAGCCACACUGACCAGCUUUAUAAAAACUCGAGAGCUGGAAAAGCUUCUGCGAAGAAUACAGCAAUGUGGAUCCAGACUUGAAGAUACCUUAUCUGUACAUAAGGAAUCCUGCCAGAAACUGUUGGGAUUCACGUCAGGAGAAAGCUCAAAGGAUGCCAGUGCAUCUCCACAAGUGAAGCUAACAGAUUUGACAGAAUCUCAUGCAAACUCAAUGCGCAAACUGCAGUUCCGCUUGGAGGAAAUGUUCAUAAAUAAUCAAGUUUUACAGGAACUUCUCACUGAAUAUCUUGCAUCUGAAAAGGUGGUCUCUGUUGAAGCCAGCACUCCUUCGAGAGUUGGAGCUGAUUCUAGAGUCAGUGCUACUGAGCAGCUUGACCAGUGUAAAAAGGAGCUUGAGUGCAAAGAGAGGAGAGAAGAAAUCUUGAAAAGGGCCAUAGUUCGGGAGCAGAACUCAAAACUGCAGUUAGAAAAAGAGCUGGCUGACUGUCAAAAGGAACUACAGUCUUUGCAUGAAGCACACAGCAUUAUUGAAGGAGACCACGAGGCGAUUGUUCAGAGAAAUGUAGAUUCUUUUCCAGAGCAACACCAAAAUAAUUUGUCUCCUGAGGGUAUUGAAGGCACCACCACAUUGCAGUAUACUAAGUGCCGCUCUGAAGAAACCAAUGUGUGUGAUGAUAGUUAUGCUUUAAUGUCACGUGUUCAUCAGCAAGCCAAAGAGAUUGCAAGGCUAGGUAAAGAGGAAACAUUGCUUCAGGACAAGAUUGUGAAUCUUUUAGAGGAGAAAGCGCAGUUAUUACAGAAGCUAGAUACAACGCAGCAUGCACAUGAGGUGCUCUCAGAAUCUACAAGCAAGAAGAUUUCUGAGUUAGUGACUAAACUGGGUCUGCUGUCUACACAGAACAAGAAGCAACAGGAGGAAAUCAGGGGUCUGAGAGACAAGUGUGAUUGCCUGUCUCGAGAGAAGGUUACCUUAGAAUGUGACAUUAAUGCAACCUUUUCAAAGCUAGAAGGGCUGCGAGUAGAAAACAAAGAUUUGAGAGACACCCUGCUUGCACUAAGAAAGCAAGAGAGUCAGCUGCGGGAAAUGCUAGAUAAAGUAACAAAUGAACUGCAGGCUGCAAAAAAAAUUUCUGAUGAAUACAGCCAAAGUGACGAGAUUUUGAGGAUGGAAAAGGACCAAUUGGCUGCCAAAAUAGCCGAUUUAUCACUAUGCCUGAAUGGCUUGCAAUGUGAAAAGCAAUCACUCUAUGAGGAAAAGCAAAGACUAAUCCUCCAAGUUAGUGCUGGAGAAGAUGAGGUGGAGCGGAUUGCCAGCAAACUUCAAAAUUGUGAGGAGGAGUGCAAUACAUUAAAAACACAGAAGAUUGAACUGGAGACUUACUUGAGAGCUACUAAUGAAAAAUUUAAAGAAUCUGAGCAUUCAGCAGACCAACUUCGAGAAGAACUCAGUGUGACAAAGUUAAAACUUGACAACAUGAGCUCACGUUACAAUCAUCUUGAAAAAGAACUUGGUACUUCCAAGGAUCUGCACAAGCAGAUGCAGUGGAAAAAUGAUGAAUUGCAAAGGACACUGGAGGCAGUCGGCAGAGAGGCACAGCAAAGCAAGAGCUUCGCAAGGAUGACUGCAGACAAGAGACAUGUGAUUGCCAUGACAGAGCUUGAAGACAAAAAGAAAAGCUUGCAGAGUGCUGUGAGUGAGCUCAAACUCAAGCUCGAAAGGGCUGUACAUGAAAAUAGACGCCUGAAGUUUGAGCUCAGAGCAAGAGAGCCGCACCAAGUUAAUAGUUCUGGAAACACAAGCACAUCAGACGCAUCACUGCAGUUCAGCACUGCUCCGAAGAGCAGUUCACCUCCACAGCUAAGCCCUCACCAGAGUGCUCCGGAAUCCUCGAGGCAGCCUGUGAUCCCACUGCGAGCUAGUCGUCAUACCUGUGCACAUUCCAGGUCUCAGCACACAUCUCCUGACUUGGGCAUAGAUUCAGAUGCGAUGCCAGAGCACGAGUUUUAUUCAGCAGCCGGCGACUCGAUUGUUGCUCUCACAGAGCACUGGCAGCACUGUAUGGGUGCUAACUGGAGUAUCUCUACAGCACAUUCAGCGCCUGAGGUCUUUGGCGCUAACUGCCUGCUUUGCCAGGACGGUACGGACAAUGCGUCUUCUUGGAAGCAGAAAGCCCAUGCAACAUGCCCGAGUGGAAACCUGCUGGAGCUAUCAGACUCUCAUUCACCUUCAAAGAGUGGACUACCUGCUUUUUCCUGCAAUAUUUCAUCACCUGGAGUUCGCAUGUCGGCCAUUGUCCAGUUGUCUGAUCAUGAACAGCUAAAGAAGCGGGUGGACGAAAGUAUCUGCCUGAUUCGUCGAGUAGAAAGUGUUGUUGAACAAGCACUGGAAGCUCUAGCCGAUUUCGCUUCAGACUGCACAGAGCCUCCUGAAUGCAAAGGUCUGCUUGAGGAUGCUGCAAAGGGAUGCCUAGCUAUCAAAGGGUGCCUGACUGAUAGCUUCAAGCUGAUAUGCAGCUUCACGAUUGUACCGGCACCGGAACCAAGAGAUGAGACUUCUCUCGAGAAGCUGCGGUUGGAACUUGCAAAACUGCAGGAAGCAUAUACUAAGCAGACGGGUGACCUACAGCGUGCACGCGAGGAAAUUCUGGCGUUCAAGGAAAAGAAAGAAGGAAUGGAAAAAGCCAUUACUCGUCAAUUGAACAAGACAAAGAUGGUCCUCAAACAGACGCGAGGCAAUCUCACAAGUAUGCGCAGCCGGGACUCCAAACCUGAAAGGGACCCGAAAGCUGAAAGGAACGCCAAGCCUGAAAACCCCAGGGCUGAAAAAAAAUGAUUUUCUUUUGUAUGAGUAAAUAAAUAGGUGACCACUGUAAGUUUGAAAACUAGGUGUUUUUAAAUGUUUUUCUCUAGAUUUUUUAAAAUUAUCAUUUAGCUUUUAUGUUCAGUCAUGUAGAAGAGAAAAAUGCCAUAAAGCACAUCAUAAGUACGCAAGUUUGAUAGUAUAGGGCACAUUGUAUGCUCAGGAUUGAAACUUGGAGAGUGUGUUUAGUGCUAAAAGCACUUUCUGCAGUAAGCUUCAUUGGACAAUGUACUGUGUGUGCAUUAGAAAAUAUAUGUAGCUCUUGUAGUGUUCCCUUGUUGUGAUGCACAAGACUGCAUGUUAAUAACGGUACUACUUGCUAUCUUAUAUAGGCAGUUAUAACUUUCACAUUACGUCUCUGGGACCUGCAACAUUUGUAACUAAGUACAGUGACAAGAUAGUCUCAUUGUACAUAGGUGCUGUAUUCACAAAAGAAAUAUAUCCUAUGCGUUGAAGAAUCACUGUUCCUUGUGUUUUUUCAUGACGGCUGAAGGUUCAUCUCUAUUUAAUGCAACAGCAGUAGGUUUUUCAAUAAUAUUUUCUUUUAGUAGCAGACACUGCCAUGUUCUGACUUUGCAUGUAUAUCUGUUCUGUCUACAGUACUGACUGUUAUUGUCUUGGCACACAAACGGGAGACACCUGACUGUAUGUCUCUGUGGGGCAGAAAAAAGUUUGAGAAUAUUUCAUUUUUAUCCAGUAUCCUAUUAAAUAGUAUUGUUAAUUUGCUUCUGUUUUAACAUAAGCAUUUUAUGCUUUUGAUGUACUUAAAAGAGGCAUUGACAUAGCUCAUAACAAAAGCAAGCCAAAGGUGAACUCAUCUAUAACUGCAGAUUUUCCCUGCCUCUUUGAUUGUUUGAACACUACUAUGCAUAGUUACAUUCUCUCUUUAAAUCAUUGUGUAAACCUUUCCAGCAUUUGCCAUUCAAAGCUUAUCUAGAAUGAAAAUUAUGGCUUCAGUGCUAAGUUUUAAGUUUAAGCCAGAAAACGUGCACAGAUUUUGUUUUCAAGUGAAACUCUUUUUGUAAAGGGUGAUAGCAAGCAAAUAUUUUAUGGAGCUCGCGGCUGGUGGCUUGCAGCUGCGAACUUCAUUACUCUCCAAUGCGAUGAGAAUGGCAAGUCGAAAAAUGCGCUACAGCAUACUAUUCAUAUGAAUCUUUGGUUAUUUUGUUUUUCCUACCAUUGUUAUAAAAACAAAGAUGGGCAAGGUUGUUGGAGGGUAGCAUGGAACACUGGCCAUGCUCAUAAGUCAUCACAGUUCACUGAAAUGAGCAAAUGUCGGUUUUAACAAAGUGUCAUACUAUCUUCUUUUGUUAGAAAACAGCAUAUUUAUCAUGUGCUGGACCACUGCACCCACACUGUUUCAUUUGAUUUGUAGUAGGUUUUCAGCAGCCGUGAAAUUCCUAAGCAGUCCUGCUGAAUUGUAUGAUGCAGGCACACUGUUGAAAAAGAGCUCCUGCAUUUUUCACAGAUCUGUUGAUGCACUGAAGCAUGCAACACAUAGUGUUGCUCUUCUUAAUUAUUAUUAUUAUUUUUUGGAUGGAAUAGAUAGAACCUGUUCGUUCAAUAAAAGCAAUGCAAAAUGCAA